AUGGAUUUUCGUGAAAAAAGUGAAAUUCGUUCUAUGCAAAAAAUAAAAAAAAAUCAACCACAAGCAGUGAUCGAAACCGAUUUAUAUUCUCAGUACAAGAACCAGAACCGAAACAACAUUGAUUAUAAUUUUAUAACAGUAAUUAUGAUUAAGUCGGCUUUGCUGAUAAGAAAUUCUGCCAGAAACAAAUUUUUAAGCAGCCUUAUUGAGGAAAUUUAA